GCUUAGUGGAGCUCCUACGGGUGUAAGCUCAAGGAAAAAAAAAGAAAUACAAAGAAAGUAAAGAGGGAGGCGAAAAGAAAGCAAGAAAGAAAGAGGAGAAAAUGCAGCCUUCGAUGACGUUAUUCCUCUGCCUCUUCCUGGCAUCAACAACACACAGCGCAAGACUCAGAAGGCAGCAAGCUGGAACCACGAUCGCCGUCUCACACAUAUCCGACGAACAUCUAAUUUCCCUCUUCGAAGGUUCUCCAGAGCCGCCUAAUCCUUCUCCCCCGGGAUUUUCCCCGGGUGUGUCCACCUCUCCCCCCGUUUCAUCCUUCGAUCCAGAUGCUACCGUCACUGGGGCAUGUCGGUGUGUUAAGCAUUGGGAGUGUGCGGAUAACAACGUAGAAGGACCUCAGAAAGAGAACCUUGUCGGAGAUCCAAGAUUAUCCGGUAUUGUGGGAGUCGUGAAUCUCAGGCACAAUGGAAUGUGCCCCGAUUUACAGGACGUGUGUUGCCUCUCACCCAUCCCCACGUCCGUCCCGACGCCCACACCCAAACCCCACUCCCCGAGCUGCGGGACGAUCAAUGGGGAUGGAGUCAUCCUGAAUUUCCAGGGAUUUCCGGAUAAUGAAGCGCAGUUUGGUCAAUUUCCCUGGAUGGCCGCCCUCAGAACACUCCGGCCGCUCGCCGACGACCCCUCAUACGGCUACAUUGGGGGCGGUUCCCUCGUCAGGCCGGACGUCGUCAUGACAGCGGCUCACAAAGUGCAUGAUCGUGAGACCGAAGACCUGGUGGUGCGACUUGGCGAGUGGGACUUCAGCUCGACCUCCGAAACCAUCCCGUACCAGGAGAUCGCGGUGCUACGAGUCGCAGUCCAUCCGCAGUUCAACAGUAGUACCCUCGCCUACAACGUAGCCCUCCUCUUCCUUGAGAGAGAAGCUACUCUGGGCCCUACCGUGGAUACUGUCUGCCUUCCCGAUCACGACCAGUUCUUUGAUGGCGCAAUGUGCUUCAGCGGCGGCUGGGGCAAGGACAGCUUCGGCCGUUCUGGGAGAUACCAGGAGAUUAUAAAGGCCGUGAAGUUGCCGGCAACCAACUACAAGCAAUGUGAGACGAUCAUGAGGACGACCAGGCUGGGCAGACACUUCAACCUGCAUCCGACGUUUAUGUGCGCGGGCGGCCUUGAGGGGGAGGACCUGUGCACUGGCGAUGGCGGCGCCCCGCUCGUGUGCCCCGGCCUCACGAACCCGAAGCAAUAUGUGCAGGUGGGCAUCUCUUCUUGGGGCAUUGGCUGCGGAAGUGAGGGCAUCCCAGGAGUCUAUGCCUCAGUCAGUGAGCUCAUACCUUGGAUCAAUAACCAGUUGGAUGCAAUAAUUGGUUUCAACCCACGUAAUGCGUGAGAGAGAGAGAGAUGGAGAGAGAGAGAGAGAGAUUGGAGAGAGAGAGAGAGAGAGAGAGAGAGAGAGAGAGAGAGAGAGAGAGAGAGAUUGGAGAAAGAAAGAGAGAGAUUGGAGAGAGAGAGAGAGAGAUUGGAGAGAGAGAGAUAUUGGAGAGAGAGAGAGAGAUUAGAGAGAGAGAGAGAGAGAGAGAAUGAGAGAGGGGGGGGAUGAGAGAGAAAGAAAGUGGGGAGGGGGUAUAAGGAAGGAAAAGAUUGAAGAAACUGGAAGAAAGAUAUAAGACUACUUAUGCGCGACUGAGUGUAUUCGUUUUCAUAAGUGUUUAAGUGCAUUAUAGGAGUCCGUUGCGAUUUUGGAAUGCUAUUUACGACGCCGCUGGAGUCACCACGUCGCACACAGUGAUUCUCUUCAGGUCUCCUUACCUGUCAGAGUGACCUGUGAGUCAAACGGGUAAAUGACGGAGGGGUUGGAGCCGAGCCAAGUGAGGAUGCGUGUAGCGUGGCCAUUUUAGAGGUUGCGUCAUGAGUCCUGCAUUUCUUUUUAUUUGCUUACGAAAUGUGUCGAUUCGUUUGACUGUCCAUUAAUCUAUGAAAAAUCGUUUUUGCUUCAGCAUUUAUCUGAAUGGCAUUAUUUUCCAUAUGUAUUUCUAGUAUUAUAUCCACCUCUUGUUUUAGAUGUAGAACAACCUAGCAUAUCAGUUACCAUGUUAAAUGUUGGCCUGUUGUCGGCUUUGUAUAUAUAUAUAUCAUGAAAGAUGUAUAAGUUACUAAGUUGGGUAGAUGAUAGUACUCAAACUGAUAUUGAUGAUGUUCGGUUAGGUAUAUAAGUAUGUAUGCAGGUAUGUUUUUAUGCAUUGCAAAUGUGAAUUUACUUGUUAGUAUGCACACACACAUAUGUCAAUAUAUCCAUCUGCUUGUUUAUGCAUUUACAUAGUAUAUAUAAAGAAAUGCACUAAAAGUAAAUAAACUUUUAUCGUUAA